AUGGAUAAAAAUCUCAAAGAAAGUGUCAAAAGUGUCCCUCUCUCCUAUGCGACAUGCUCAAUUGGCAAUACCCCAGCCGAUACCCUACCGCGGAAACUCGAAGCCAUCAGUAAUGCCGGAUUUGCUGCGAUAGAGCUUGCAUUCCCAGACAUUAUUAAUUACGGUUCGCAGUUACUCGGCCACAAGAUUGCGACAGAUGAUUAUGCCGAGCUGGUCACUGUCGCGAAGGAUAUUCGCCAGCUAUGCGAGGCCAAAAACCUGAAAAAAGAAAAGAUGCAUUCGCAAGAGCGGAAGGGCUGGGUUGAAAUCAUGGAUGCUGUGGAGACGGAUAUCCUGCAGGUUGGUUCAACCGAUAUUCCCGUAAGCGAGCUUUCAAAAGACCCCGAAGAUAUCAUCUCCGACCUCCGUAUCCUUUGUGAUCUACUCGCGCGCCACAACAAGCGCCUCGCUUACGAAAAUUGGUGCUGGUCGACUCACGCCCCGACAUGGGAAGAUAUCUGGCACAUUGUUGCCAAAGUUGAUCGCCCAAACAUUGGUCUAUGCUUGGAUACCUUCCAGACUGCUGGCUCUGAAUGGGGUGAUCCUACAACAUCUUCCGGACGGAUCAUGGAUGCAUCUAUCGAAGAUUUGAACCGUCGAUUCCUUGAGAGCAUGAACAGGCUAGCUUCGACUGUGCCCAAGGAAAAGAUUUACUUAUUGCAAAUAUCGGACGCAAGAAAACCUCAGACGCCCAUUGAAAACAAACGGCUGGAUGGUCUAUGGCCGCGCGCACGCUGGAGCCAUGACUUCCGGCCUAUGCCAUAUGAUGGGGGGUAUCUGCCGAUUGAAGAGGUAGCUAGGGCAGUGUUGAAGACUGGUUUCCGGGGUUGGUUUUCUAUGGAGAUCUUCGAUGGAAACGCUACUACAGGAACGACCGAAGGAAUGGGAGACUAUGCGAAACGGGCUAUGCAAAGUAUGGAGAGACUAUUGCAAAGCUGUGAAGGUGUCGCGGGUAGAUAA